GAAUUUCAUGGUGACGGGCUUGCAGGAUAUUGACAAGUGCCGGCAGCAGCUUCACGAUAUCAGUGUGCCCUUGGAAGUUUUUGAAUACAUCGAUCAGGGCCGCAAUCCUCAGCUUUACACUAAAGAGUGUUUGGAGCGAGCUUUAGCUAAGAAUGAGCAAGUGAAAGGAAAAAUUGACACAAUGAAGAAAUUUAAAAGUCUGUUAAUUCAAGAACUGACAAAGGUAUUCCCAGAAGACAUGGCAAAGUACAAAGCUAUUCGAGGAGAAGAUCCUCCUCCUUAA